GAGUCCCCCCGGCGUCUGCAUCCCCAGCCCCGGGCGUUUCGGUGGCCUCUCAGUGCACAGCGGCAGUUUAGGCUCUGCCUGCAGGGAGCAGCCAGCAGUGGGAAUCCCCCUUCCAUGCUCCCCCCUGCCCGCCUGGCAAAGCCCCCCACCGCCAAAGGAAGGGCUCGGUCCUGAGCAUCCUCAGGCCGAUGGGUUCAGGGGCGCUCAGCGAUGGGGACGGGGCUCUGCAGGGGCACUUUCGGAUGAUGUCUCCCCAGUACUGCCCCAGCGCACGGCUGAUGGGGACAGCAUCCUGCAGGAGCUGGGAGGUCAGCCAGCCCCACUGCCCCCCUCAGGUACCCAGUGGGGGCCCCCCAGCCCCAUGGGUAUCCCACGCAAGACAUCUCCAGCGGUUUGCAGCCACCAGCCCUGCACGCCUGGGACGUGCAGGGUUCCGAGCCCGGGGUGACAGGGCGUUUAGGGCUGGGCUCCAGGCACAGGAUAAGGGUUUCCUCCUUCUCUACGUGUUUCUAAUGGCUCCUUUGAGACAAGCCACACGACUCCCCGCUGGGAAGCCUCGCUGAGCUGUGGAACCAGCUCCCGCUCUGCUGAUCAUGGUCAACAAGACCUUAAAUUACUGGGGUCCUGGUUUUGAGGAGGACGUUAUCAACAUCAACGUGGGGGGUCUGAGAAGGCGGCUCAGCUCCAGCGCCCUCUCCAAGUUCCCCGACACCCGCCUGGGACGCCUGCUCUCCUGCGACUCAGAGGAGUCCAUCCUGCAGCUCUGUGAUGACUACGAUGUGAGUGCCAGGGAGUUCUACUUUGAUCGAAACCCCGGCUUCUUCCUCUACGUGCUCCACUUCUACCAGACGGGGAAGCUGCAUGUCAUGGAGGAGCUGUGCGUCUUCUCCUUCUGCCAGGAGAUUGAAUACUGGGGCAUCAAUGAGUUUUUCCUGGACUCCUGCUGCAGCUACCGCUACCAUGAGCGCAAGCUGGAGAGCCGGCACCACAACUGGGAUGAGGAGAGCGAGGUCAGCAGCGUGGACACGUCCCCUGAUGAGAUCUCCGACAUCAACCACGACCUGCUGCGCUACAGCACGCUGCGCUGCGGCAACGUGCGCAAACGCCUCUGGCUCACCAUGGAGAACCCCGGCUACUCCAUCCCCAGCAAACUCUUCAGCUUUGUGUCCAUCAGUGUGGUGCUGCUUUCCAUAGCCACCAUGUGCAUCCACAGCAUGCCCGAGUACCAGGAGGUGAAUGAGAAAGGCAACAUGCUCGAUGAACCCAUCCUGCACAAGCUGGAGUAUUUUUGCAUCUCCUGGUUCACCUUCGAGGUGUCUUCCCGUCUCCUGCUCUCCCCCAACCCCAGGAAGUUCUUCAAGCACCCGCUGAACCUGAUUGACAUUGUCUCGGUGCUGCCCUUCUACUUCACCCUCUUGGUUGACGUGACCAUGGGCAGUGACUCAGAGCUGGGCAACCUGGGCAAGGUCGUGCAGGUGUUUCGGCUCAUGAGGAUAUUCCGGGUGCUGAAGCUGGCUCGGCACUCCACCGGACUGAGGUCGCUGGGGGCCACCUUGAAGCACAGCUACCGGGAGGUGGGGAUCCUGCUGCUCUACCUGGCCGUGGGGGUCUCUGUCUUCUCUGGCGUGGCCUACACCGCUGAGAAGGAGGAAGAUGUUGGCUUUGACACCAUCCCGGCAUGUUGGUGGUGGGGCACAGUCAGCAUGACCACUGUGGGCUACGGAGACGUGGUGCCUGUCACUGUGGCGGGCAAGCUGGCUGCCUCGGGCUGCAUCCUGGGGGGCAUCCUGGUCGUGGCACUGCCCAUCACCAUCAUCUUCAACAAGUUCUCACACUUCUACCGCAAGCAGAAGGCGCUGGAGGCGGCUGUGAGGAACAGCGGGAAGAAAGACCCCGAGGACAUGGAGAGCACCUCCAGCCAUGACCGAGACUCGGAGGCUCUGAGUGAGACCUCCUUGGGCAGAGGCAGCCCUGACCGCCGUGGUCUGACCCCUGGCACCCACCCCGCACCCUGACCCCACCGCACCGUGGCACUGGGGCGCGCACAGGACCCACUUGCUCACGGUGAGCAUGGCACGGCUCUUGCACCGGGACACGGUGGAGGAGCCAGGCUCUCCCCGUCUUGCACCGUGCCUGGCAUUACCCCUGCCCUGCGAAGGACAGGAGGGGUCGGAGGAGAUGCCCAGCGGGUGCCGGCUGCUUCCAGCCCCCAGGGCACAGUGGCCGGGUCCAUCUGGAUGUGUCUCAGCCUUCACCCAGAGACGGCCCUGCUCCCCUGUGGCUGCAAACAGAGGCUGCGGCGCUGGACAUACCCCUGCCAGAAAGGGAGUGAGGAAAAAAGAACUACAGGUGAUCCCUGAUCAGGCACUGUCCCCGCUGCGUGAAGGGGGAUUUUCCUCUGCCCUGCGGUUUUCUGUUGUCCAGGGUGAGGUCAAAUAGCCUGAGGGUGAGGCAGCCCCUGAUGCGGCUGGCUGCCCUUGUGGGUCCAGUGCCAGGUUGUCAUCAACUCCAGUCCCAACGUCGUCCUACCCUGAGCUGGAAACAGCCUCAGAAGGGUCAGCUGCCCCACUGGCCAUGAGGGAAAGGGGGUUGGAAAUUAAUCUGUAUGGGAGGAGAUGUGGUAUCCUGCUCAGGGUAAGCCCCACUGUCCCCAGCCCCUGCAGUGGGACUGACAGGAUCUCACCUUCCUUCCAUUACAGGUGGGGCCUAACCACUCUCCUGCAGUGCCACUGCUGGGACCGCCAGGGAUCUGGGCCUUGGGGAUGUGCCGGUAGCGUGACACAGCCAGGAGCAGUGUCAGUGCAGGGGACACCAGCCAGGGAUGGCCGGGCAAAAGGACUGCUGUCCUCUGAGGCAGGAGCAGCUAGAGGGGAUCAAGCUGGGGGAACCAAGGGACCACCCCAGGUGGGGGUGUCCCCACCAAGCCCUUUGUUCCAUGGGGCUCCAUGCCAGGGGGUAUUUGUUUCAGAGGAUCAGCUGGUCUGUGGCCACUGGCACCCAGCCCCUGCGGCAGAGAGGAAGCAGAGUCCCUGCAAAGGGCUGUUGGGGAGCAGACCUGGGGGGCGGAUGCUCCUGGGCAUGGAGAAGCUGCCUCUAGCAUUGCCAUAUGUUUGCAAUUUCCACUGCGGGAAGAGCUGCCAGGGAGCCCAGGGGCUGCAGCAGCCUGUGGUGGAGUAGGAGACAUGUCCAAAACCGGCUGGGUUCAAUACAUGCCCUGGUCCCCCUUGCCACAACUCUCAGCCUGGCUUCGCUCUCCUGCCCUGUCCCUCCCUGCCCUGGGGUCAGGCAGGGGCAGGAGCAUUGUAAGGAGGGUGGUCACACUGGCCUGGGCAUCACCUCUGUCCCCACAGGGAGCCAAGGUCCCCGGGUGCCAACGCACUCACCUUCCCUCUGCAGGGAGGGAGCUCCCCCAUGUCCACAGGAGAGCCGGGGCAGAGGGGACCUUGCACUGCUCCUCGUCACCACAGCCUCUCGGCACCCCACAGCCAGGCAGGGAGGUCCUCCCGGAGUGCUGGGCCCCCUUCCUGCCCAGACCCCCCACCCGGCUGAGCACGUUCGGGGCGGCUCUCAGCACAGCAUUAAUUCCCUACAGAGUUUUUCCUUUAACCCCAGUUCUCUGGAAAUUGUGCAGCUCCUUCGUGCACAGAGGAAUACACCCAGCAAUGCCUGUUCUGAGCAGGAAAAAUGUGCACCCUGCAAUCACCUAAUUAGCUCAAAAAUAUGUUGAUGGCUGCAGGAUGGCCCCAGGCACCUGGAUUGUGGUGUUUGCCCCUGGUUGUCCUGGCUGGCUUUCGGCACAGCCGCUGUUGCCGGUUCUGGCUCUGCCUGUAGCGAUCUGCUGAUCACGGGGAAGAAAAACCAAACCAACAUCUGUGGGUCCAGCCUUUCUGAACCCCAGUGGGACUUGGGGAGGGGUUCCCAGGGAACAGCCGUGUGGCAUGGGAGGGUGCUCAUGCUCCUGGUGUCAUUGAGUCUUCCAGUAUCGAUGGUUUGUGGUCUGCUCUGCGCUCAUUUUUACCGCAAGCUGGGACCAGCGAGCUCCAUCGUCUGCUCCCACUGCACUGUACUUGAAUAAAGGAAGGAUUUUCCCCUUCUCUCCAUAAAUAUUCCAGUAGCAAAAUGUAUUAAAAUGUGAAGACUAAAUUACAUGUAUUAAUUAAAAAGCAUUAUGCAAAUAAUUAAAAGAGCAUGUAAAUUAAUUUUCUAUCUAUGCAUGGGAUGCAUAUUGUAUAUUUUAUUAAAGACCUAAGUG